AUGCCGCCGGAAGAUGACCAAUUACCGGAGCGGAAACGUGCCUUCAAACCCAAAGUACGCACUGGCUGUAUCACUUGCAAGUGUGUCCGUUCUGGACGACAAUGCGAAGGCUACGAGCUCCCAAAGUCCCUAGUCAUAUUGCCUAGGGCUCUGGCUCCAGCUCCGACAGUCGAGUCGCCUCUUGAAACCCGCGCACUGGAGCUCUUCUUCCAUAAGACAGCGCCUCAAUUGGCGGGGUAUUUUGAGGGCCCGCUGUUCCAAGGCAGCGUAGUUCAGAUCAGUCUUGUGGAGCCUGCCAUCCGCCAUGCGAUCGCCGCCGUGGCCAUGCUCCACGAGGAGAUCUCAGCUUCGCCAGCGACUCGCGAAGGAAAAUCUCAGGCCUCGAAAUUACCUAUUCAGCUAUAUAACCGCUCUAUCCGGGGCAUCAUCGACAAGGUGCAAGCUGGACCCACGGCCAUGCCCUUGAUCGCCAUGGCAAAUAUCCUAUUUAUCUGCUUCGAAUACUUCCAGGGUAAUGUGACGAUGGCCCGGUCUCAUGUAAAAAGCGGGAUCCACCUCUUGCACUCCUGGCGUGAGAGGACUCACGGGUCGUCGACGUCAAUGCAUCCCUGGGGUCAAAGAUACGACUCCUUCGAAUCCCAAUUCAUGGAAAUGCAGAUCGCGCCGCUACUCAGCGUUUUUCGAACGAAUAUCCUAGAUAAAGAUAUGGCAAAAGCUAUCAAGCUGGUCCUGAACCCAGUCAACGAGCAAGGUAAUGUAAUCCUCGGCGAUCAUUUCAGUAGCCCACAGCAAGCUAGGGUGGGCCUCUUAGACGUCAUCACGUAUGCCAGUUGGCGCAUUCAAGCAGUUGAUGAAGCUCUUCUCGGCAAAGUCGAGGCGAAGAAAGAAGUGAUGCGGAUUAUGCAGAACAUGGAACAGGGUCUGGGUCAGUGGGAAUCCUACUUUAACGAUCUCGUCCGUCGAAAAGGUGUCUCAUGGGGCAAGAAAGAUAGGCAGGCCGCGAACGUUGUACGCAUAAUCAAAUUGGCUGGGAGCUUUGGAGGCCGUAGCUAUCUGGCCGGCAACGAGUGCGCAUGGGAUAGCGCCAGAGCCGAGUAUGAAGAAAUGUUGUUGAUUGCGGAGGCUCUCAUCGCCGACCGCGAUCGCUUUCCUCAUGAUGGAUUCCGGCCACUCAGUCUGGAUUUUGGAAUGCUCUUCUCGUUGCAUCUGUUAGCUUGGAAAUGUCGGUGGCCUGGUCUUCGUCGCCGGGGCCUCGAUCUGCUGCAAAAGAUCCCACGACGCGAAUGGUCGCUGGAGGUGGAGCACUAUCAUACGAUUUUCUCUCGUAUUAUGGAAAUCGAAGAAGCGCAUCUCGAUACUCCACGGGAUGAAAUUGUUCGGCUGGACAUGCUUCCUCCCGAACAUGCCCGGGUCCAUGAUUUUACCGUCAUAGCUCAGCCCUCGUCCUCUCGACAGCCCGCUAUAUAUGCGGUAUCUUUUUGGAGUAAGCCCCUGGGCCUUGACGGCCCAUCCUCCAGCCUCACGGAGUAUAUGCAAUUAGGCUCGUCUCAGGCUGGCGAAUCAGGCGUCCCGGCGAGCCUGAUCACCGCUGCUCCAUCGAGUCUAAUUACACAGUACUAUUCCUAUCUUCGGCAGCUCAAGGGUUGA